GGACUUCUCAAGCAAAAGAGCUAAAUUUUUAACCUCUUUUUAAAGAAGACUUCCCCGUGGUGAAGGUCACGAGUUGGAGAAGGAUGGAGUUGAGUACGGAAGUGACCGACGGACUUCAGUUGUCCGGGGACAGUGCUCACAUCCCGGACAGUGUCUUUGGUGCUUUGGUAGAAAGUGUGUGUGACGAUCUGUUGAACAGAGAGAACGGCGGGGAGUUACAGAUCGCAGACAAGUUUGGCUCAGUAGACAAAGCCAGCCUCAAGGAAGCUUAUGCAGCUUUAAUGACAUUUUCCUUAGAAUGUGCCAAGAACAAUGCCGAUAGUUCCAAUAUAAGCUCAGUUCUAGAAGAUUGCAAAUUUACCACAGAAAGAAUAAAGACAUUUACAAAUAUAUUUUUGGAAAAGAAGUCCCAUAUUCAAGCAUUAUUAGGAAGUGUCAGCCAUAAUCCCCCUCAUAUAGUGGAUGUUGACUGGAGACUAGAUUACUAUAUAAAGAAUAACCAUGUGGAUAAAGUCAAUCAGCCUACUUAUCUGAUAACAUUAAAAACAGAGGAGUGUGGACAACAAGACACCAAAGAUGUUCAGUUUGCUUGCACCAUGGAACAGUUACAGGACCUGGUUGGAAAACUAAAAGAUGCUACCAAAAGUCUGGAAAAAGCAAGUCAGAUGUAGACAGUUUUAACAAUCUUUCUCACAGCAGGCGAAAGAAGCACUGCACCCUACUCCCUUCCCUAGUGUGAAACUGUGCAGAAAAAGCAAGUCAAAUACUUGUGAUGUUUAGUGAUGUAAAAUACCAGUAGCUCUAACUUUGUACAGAGAGACCAUGUUCAACUUGUGGCUCAGUCAUUUCAGUAGUGUACAAUUCAUGGGGCCUGAUUUCCCCAAAUCACUUCAUUGUAAAAUGUAUGAUAUAUGAUGUAAAUAUAAAGAAAUGCUGAUAUAUUAUGAGAGACAAUAAUACACUGUAGAUUUCAGAUUUAUUGAGAAAUAUGUAUUAAAUCAGAUGCAAUUUACCUAUCAUUUUUUAAAUUAAAAUUUAAUCACAAAUUGUACAAAUUAAAAUAAAACAUAAUGAUGCUAAAAAAAUGCCUCAAUAUCAAUUCUUUAAUUUUAAAUUUAUGAGGUGAAAGCUAUACUGGUUAACCAUUAUCUUUUUUUUCUUCAAAAUGAUGCUUUUUGUGGUUGAGGGUCCAAGAAAAGUCCUUUAUUUUUUGACUUAUUUUUAACUGGCAUAAAAUCACAAUUGUAUUAUGUUAUAUUAUAUUAUUAUUCAAAUAAAUCUAAAAUUUUCCUGAAAAUCAUGAAUUCAUUUUCCAUUCUAGUGUUGAUUGAAAAUUUUCAGAAGUGUAGUACUCUACCCCAGUACGUGUAAUCAUUACAUGUGUGGAUGUUUGUUGGGUUCAUAAAAGCAAAUUAGUAAUUUAUGUAAAAUCACUUUUCAAGUAAAAUACCAGUUGUGUGUUUUUAACAUGCUCCUUUGGUGUUUUUAAUGAAGAAACAUAGGCCUAUAAAGACACCUAAUUUUAACGAUAGCUGCAUUACUGUUUAUAAUACACAGUCAAC